UGUCUUCUUCUCUACUUAAUACUGACUCUCCCUCCAAAUUAACAAUCAAUCUCGUCGGUAUACUGAUCAGGCAAAGAGUACUCUACUAGACUCAGAAAUGGCGUCCAUCUGUGCUUCUUCUGCUAUCGCCACUGUGGCUAUCUCCUCUUCCAGUUCUCAGAAGAGUGGAUCUGUGGUGGGAGCAACAAAGGCUUCUUUCCUUGUUGGGAGAAAACUGAGAGAGAAGAAGCUUACAGCACCAGCAGGAGCACGAUCCCUUUCUGUUUCUGCUGCUGCUACAGCCGAUCCCGAUAGGCCUCUAUGGUUCCCAGGAAGCACCCCUCCUCCAUGGCUCGAUGGCAGCCUUCCUGGAGAUUUUGGCUUCGACCCUCUUGGUCUUGGAUCUGACCCAGAGAGCCUGAGAUGGAAUCAGCAAGCUGAGCUUGUGCAUUGCAGAUGGGCAAUGCUAGGUGCUGCUGGCAUCUUCAUUCCAGAAUUCCUAACUAAGAUUGGAAUCCUCAACACCCCUUCAUGGUACACUGCUGGAGAACUACAGUAUUUCACAGAUACAACCACCCUCUUCAUCAUAGAGCUCAUCUUCAUCGGUUGGGCUGAGGGGAGACGAUGGGCUGACAUUAUCAAGCCUGGCUGCGUAAACACAGACCCAAUCUUCGGCUACAAACUCACUGGAACCGAAGUUGGUUAUCCUGGAGGGCUCUGGUUUGAUCCACUUGGCUGGGGGAGUGGUUCACCUGAGAAGCUCAAAGAGUUGAGGACAAAGGAGAUAAAGAAUGGGCGUUUAGCCAUGUUGGCAGUAAUGGGUGCAUGGUUCCAACAUAUCUACACAGGCACUGGACCCAUUGACAACCUCUUUGCCCAUCUUGCUGACCCUGGCCAUGCCACCAUUUUUGCUGCUUUCACUCCAAAAUGAAGAUUGCAAAGAUGAACUGAUCUACUUGGGAAAGAAAUCAAAUGUUUUGGUGUAAAUCUUAUGCAUUAGUGGGAAUAUGAAAUGUGGUGGUUACAGAGGAUGUCCAUUUAAACUUGUAUUAAUUGCCUGUUUGUGUCUUCUAUAAGUAUGUCUGCAAUGUACAAAACCUCUCAACCAAUUUGGUUCCCUUCUGAAGUAGAAUGCCUGAGGUCUUUAAUACUUUAGGUCUAGAAAUUUGUUGCUA